GUUGCAUCCGUUUACAACCUGCAGCCAUCUUUUCAGGCAUAUUGGGAGACCGUGGCAUUUGAUAGCCGCAACACUGCGUUGACAUCAUUACAACGAAGACUAUUACCCGACGCGUAGAACGUUUGUCCUACAAUUUACAUACUGUAAGCUCGCAUACAAGCGUAAAAGCUUUUUUAGUAGCUGGUCAAUGUGUAGGGUUCUGCCUUGAAACCUACCUCGCUCGGGUCGCGUCCUCGCCUCUCAACUCCUCAGCUUCUUAGCCCAACGCAAAAGUAUGCCGGCCCUUUGUUCCGAUAACUUGACAUGCGGAGUAUUAGAUGAGGAGUCCGGUGUAGGGGCCUCGGAAGGAUACGAAGACGCAGCCUUGCAGCAGGCCUCGGAAGCUUUGACGGAUGACGUAUUGCUGCUUAUAUUCAGCUUUCUAGCCUUCGAUCACGGCCCCGAGGCGCAAGCAGCUUCGCCAAAAGAUGCAGGGCAGAGCUUCACCUGGUUCCGACGCACAUUGCCGCUCGUCAGUCGGCGAUGGUACACGCUGCUUUGCGGGAAUGGCAAGUAUCCAUGGAACUCCGUUAUUGUAUCUGUGGAGCAAGAGGUAGCGCGGCGUCGGCGGGCUGAAGCCAGCGGCGGAUACGCUGGCAUUUCCGGCGCAUCCCCAACUCAAGGGUCCUGGCCGCCCGUCUUCAGCCCGGCAACUACGCCACAGUUCGGACGGCCAUCUAUGGGCCAGCUGUCCACCCUUCGCAGUUCAAAAGUGAUAGCUUGGACGGAAGCACAUGCCAAUUCUAUUCGGCAUCUGAUGCUAAAUUUUGGGUCAGCCAGCCAUGACUUUUCGACCGUGGAAGCGCUACUGCGAGCGGCCAAGGGGUUGCGGACGCUUCGCCUGAUUGGGGCUGCGGGUGUGGGUGGGCAGGACUCGUACGAGAUGCUGGCGAGGCUGCGGGGGCUGGCGGAGCUGCACGUGAGCGGCCUGCCGCAGGGUUUCCUCGCUGGCACCCUGCCGUACGUCUCCUCGCUGUCGGCCCUCACGCGGCUUUCCUUCACCCCGGAGACCUGCCAGUUCGCCGUGUCGGUACCCGCACUGCCAACCAACCUGCGCUCUCUCUCGUUAAACAAGCUGUGGAUCGGCAGGCUGCCCCCCCUGGCCUCCGCCGCCCCCCAGCUCCGCGAGCUGCAGCUGCUGGACUGCUUCCUGCUGGAGGGGGUGCUGGGCGCGCUGGCGGGGGCGCCCAACCUGCAGCUGUUACGCCUGGACGAGGGCAAGCUCACCACUCCGGCGGGCGAGCGACUGGGCUGGGAGGCGUGCCGCGGCUGGCCGCAGCAGCAGCCGCUGCCAGCGCUGAAGACGCUGUCGCUGCGCAAGUGCGCGCUGCGGGGGCUGCCGGCGGCGGCGCUGGCGGCGUUUCCUGGGCUGGAGGUGCUGGAUCUGUCGUACAACCAGGACCUCGGGGGCGCAGGCAGCGUGCCAGACGCCGCCUCCGCAGCAGCAGCCGCUGCCGCCGCCGCCGCCAGCCUUCCUCCCGAGCUAGCGCAGCUCACGGCGCUGCGGGAAGUGCGACUAGCGGGUUGCGGCCUGACCACCGUACCCGCCGUGCUGCUUCGCAUCCCCUCCAUCACCUCCCUGGACCUCUCCUCCAACUGUCUCACCGCGCUACCCCUGCCACCGCCGCUGGCUUACUCCUCCGCGACCUCGUCACCGGUGAAGAACACGUCCUCGCCCCUGCCGUACUUUGCUGGGAGCACCAAUAGCGCCGCUGCCGCUGCUGCUGCUGCGUCUCCUGCGUCUUCGUACCCUUCCGCUACCAGACCCGCACCCAUACCCGCCAGACCCGGGGGUGGUGGUGCUGGCGGUGGCUCCGCGGUUUGGGGUGCUGGAGGCCUGGGGGCAGCAGCAGCAGCGGCGGCAGGGGGCCUUAUGUCUGGCGGCGGCGGCAUGGGGGGUUUCGGAGCGGUGUCUCAGCAGCCGGUGGCAUUGUUCGCGGACCGGCUGGUUCGUCUCAACAUCGCCAUGAACCAGUUCAAAGCCUGGCCACAGGGCCUGCGCUCCUGCACCUCCCUCCGGGAGCUAGUCCUGGGCGCCCCUCUGCUGGGCCAUGCAGAGGGGGAACUAGAGCGCUGCGUGGCUGCACUGCCCUCGUUGCAGCUGCUGGAGGUGCGGGGCGAGGUGUUCGAUUGGCGGGCCGUGCGCUGCCUGCUGGGGGCGCAGCGGCAGGCGGCGGAGGCGGGCGGGAGGCCCAGGGUGGUGGUGACGCCGUGCGAAGCGCCGAGGGAGGGGGCGGGGCUGGGUGGGGGCGGGGCUGGAAGGAAGGGCUUGGGUGCGCAUGGGCGGUGAGGGAGGAGGGGAGGCGAGGAGCGGGCGGAGUGGAGUGGAGUGGAGGAGGAGGAGGGUGUUGUGAAUUUGGAAGGCGUGGAGAGAGAGGUGGUGGGGUAGAUGUGAGGAAACUGACGGGGUAUGCUGAUGUAUGACGACUUGACGAGGCUCCACCGUUGGUUGGUGGUGUGGUGGGGGUAGGGGCGUUUUGUUUUGUGAGGUGGUAAAAGACGACCAGGAUUGACCAGGACGUUAUGGAGCAGGAAGGGCGUGACAGGCCUGGAAUAUCGCGAAUCGAUGGCCGAGGGUAUGCUCAGCCUUCCGGCAAAAGACGGCGAUCGCAUGACCCAUGGGUCAAAACUCGGGAUGGGGCGAACAACACCACUCUCUAGAACCUGUGAGCUGCUGCGGCUGCGAAACGCUGUAGGUGCGGUGGUUGCUAGGUUGGUUAGCGGUUAGGCUUGGCGGUUGGACGCUUGAGGCGGUACGGCAGAGGGUUUGGCAUGGCAGAGUGACAGCAGCGCAGCCCCGACCAGCAGUCGGCAGCUGUGACUGUGACUAGGUUGGCUUGCGACGGAAGGACUCAUGCAAGGGCACAAUCGGGCGGGCGGGCGUGGUACGGCAGAAGUGGUGAAGGGACCCUUGGCUCUGUCGUACGUAAUGUGCAUCUAUCUGGUUACUGGGAGUCGGCUUGAAAGUUACUUAAUUAAGUUGAUUUGCGCGUUCUACUUAUGUGAUGCACGAACUUGGGCGCUUCCGGGCGCUCACGGUCCCGCACUUGCUAAGCAGACAGCUAAGCAGACAGCUAAGCAGACAGGAAGCAGCCGCAUGGAAUCCCCCUCGUCGCCCCCUCCUUGCGUAACACUUGAGUGGAGCAACACUAGAGUAAAGCAACCGGUACGGCUCUUCUCCUAUCGGAGGUUUAAGGAGAGCCCCGCA